CAGCCCGGAGGCGGGGCCGUGGCUCUUCCCAGAACUCCGGAGUCUUCGGCUUCCAGGGGCCCGGCGGAUCGCCCUCCUGCCCCAGCCCCAGGCCGAGCUCGGGCCCGCAUGGAGCCUUCGGGGCCGGCCCGGCCCAGCCCGGAGUCCGUGUACCAGCUGGCCGGGGCCUUGGGCACCGAGCUGCAGGGGCUCGCCAGCCGCUUCGGGUCCGAAACGGUGGCUCGGCUGGUGCCCCAUGUGGUGCGGGCGCUGGAGCUGCUGGAGGGGGCGGCGGCGGGGGCGCCCCUCGAGCUAAAGGAGGGAGAGGGCACGGGAGGCCGGGCCCCGAGGAGACCCCCGCCGGAGCUGCGGAGCGAGAACGAGGGCGUCCGCGAGCGGCUGCGGGACGGGCCGCAGGACGAGCGGCUCCUGCUGCGGCAGCUGAAGCAAGUGAUCGACCGGCAGCGGGACCAGCUCCGCGCGCAGAGACGGGAGCUGCAGCUGCGGGGGCAGGAGGGGGAGGCGUUGCAGGAGCAGCUGCAGAGACUCCUGCGGGUGAACGGGGAGCUCCGAGGCAAGCUGGCCGCCGUGCAGGUCCAGCUGCGGGCAGCGCUUCAGAGGGCAGCGCCGGCCCAGGCCGGGGCCGCGGAAGCGCCCGAGGCGCGCGCGGAGGCUGGCUCCCGCGCUGAGCCCCGGGGCCCGGGGAAGGCCGACGGCUUCAGCAGGGAGGAGGUCAGCCAGAUCCUGCAGGAGCGCAACGAGCUGAAAGCCAACGUGUUCUUGCUGCAGGAGGAGCUCGAGUAUUACCAUCGGGAGCUGCUGGCUGAGCGGCGCGUCCCGCGGCUCCUGCUGAGCGCCAUGAAGUCCGCUGUGCGCAAACAGAGGAGGAAGAUCAAGGCCAAGAUGCUGGGCACGGCGGAGGAGCCGGGGAGCAGUGAAGGGGAGGAGGAGGAGGAGGAGGAGGAGGACGGAGAUGAAGAGACCUCAUGGCUACCCCCCUCUGAUGUGGAUGGGGCAGGCCCACCUGCACCCCCUGAAUCCAGAAUCAGGAGUUUCUUCAGCCUUUGGUAUCGGGGGAGCCCAGAGCCCUCUGCGGAACUCUCGCCCACUGGGGAGCCCCCCUGCUCCCAGGGGGAGCUGAAGGCGGAAGAGGAGCCGCCCCCAGCUCCCCCCGAGCCCUCUGGGACCACCCUGUGACCACCCAGCCUCACCAGGCCCUGGCUCGUAGAAUGUAUCCCUAACCCCUUGAAGGCUUGGCAUGUAGCAAGUGCCUAAUAAAUGUCUGUUGGCUGACUGACUAAUCUA